CACAGAGAGAGAGAGAGAGGAAGUCCUCGGUGUCGUUGUUGUUGUGUUGUUCAGUGAAAAGCUUGGAUUGGAUUUGCCAAGAAAAGCAUCCAAAGACGCCAAGGAAAGAGAGGAGAUACACAGGACCUUCUCUCGUUAAUAAAAAUAAUAAUUGAAGGAUGAAGAAAUUGACGUGGAGAGAUCAUCUUACGCUGUUGAGCUCAUUACCUUCUUGUUGUUGAAAUGGAUACAUUUUUAUUCACCAAAUUACAGUUGAGCGGCUGCUUUCACUUGGGAAUCAAGUCUACCAGCUCACCAUCGUCGUCGUCUUCUUCCUCUUUUUCGCGCUUCUCUCUCGACGAUGACCUUCUCUCUUAAACCCUCUCUUGAAUCUCCCUUGUUGAUCCCUCUCCAGUCUCCACCUUCACCCCUAUUCCUUCUCUAUCUCCCAUGGACCCCACAUCUCGUCCUGCCGUCGUCAUCGACUACGGUACCGGGUAUACUAAGAUGGGUUUUGCGGGAAAUGUAGAACCGUGUUUUAUUUUACCAACAGCAGUAGCAGUAAACGAGUCGUUUCUAAAUCAAUCUCGAACUUCUUCUUCGAAAGCGAAUUGGCAAGCGCAGCACAGUGCAGGGGUUAUGGCCGAUCUAGAUUUCUUUAUAGGAGAGGAGGCGCUUGCCAAAUCGAGAUCUAGUAAUACUUAUAGUCUUAGCUAUCCAAUCAAACAGGGUCAAGUUGAUAACUGGGACGCCAUGGAAAGGUACUGGCAGCAGUGUAUAUUUAAUUAUUUGCGUUGCGAUCCAGAGGAUCAUUACUUUUUAUUGACUGAAAGCCCGCUUACUGCACCGGAGAGUCGUGAGUAUACCGGUGAGAUUAUGUUCGAGACCUUUAAUGUUCCUGGGCUUUAUAUUGCCGUCAAUUCUGUGCUUGCUCUUGCAGCUGGUUACACGACAUCCAAGUGUGAGAUGACAGGGGUUGUUGUGGAUGUUGGAGAUGGUGCUGCUCAUGUUGUGCCUGUUGCAGAUGGUUAUGUUAUUGGGAGCAGCAUCAAGUCAAUCCCUAUUGCUGGCAAAGAUGUUACUCUAUUUAUCCAGCAGCUCAUGCGGGAAAGAGGAGAGAAUGUACCCCCAGAAGAUUCAUUCGAAGUAGCUCGGAAAGUGAAGGAAACACAUUGCUAUACUUGUUCCGAUAUUGUCAAGGAGUUCAACAAGCAUGACAAAGAACCAGCAAAGUAUAUUAAGCACUGGAGAGGUAUUAAACCAAAAACAGGGGCACCAUAUUCCUGUGACAUUGGAUAUGAGCGAUUUCUUGGCCCUGAGGUAUUCUUUAAUCCUGAGAUUUAUAGCAGUGACUUUACCACUCCUUUACCAGCUGUGAUAGACAAGUGUAUUCAAUCUGCACCAAUUGACACAAGGAGGGCUUUGUAUAAGAAUAUAGUGUUGUCUGGAGGAUCAACCAUGUUCAAGGACUUUGGUAGAAGAUUGCAAAGGGAUUUGAAGAAGAUUGUGGAUACACGUGUUCUCACAUCUGAAGCUAGACUUGGCGGGAAAAUAAAAUCACAACCAGUGGAAGUGAAUGUAGUCAGUCAUCCUAUCCAGAGAUUUGCGGUUUGGUUUGGUGGUUCAGUACUAGCAUCAACACCUGAGUUUUUUGCGGCUUGCCAUACAAAAGCAGAAUAUGAAGAAUAUGGAGCAAGCAUAUGCCGCACAAAUCCUGUUUUCAAGGGCAUGUAUUGAUGCAAAAACCGUUUGCCAGGCAUUAUUCCAUGAAGUGCCUCAUCACUUCCCCCUCAUGUUCACUUCCCCCUCGUCCCAAAUUUUACUUGGUCUGCAUGUAUAUUCUUGGAUCGGGGGAGGUGGUGUAAAAUAUGGACGCCCAGUCUGAAUUGUUAGAAAAGAAGAUGGUUCCUUGUAUCGAUUCUUUCAUUUGUUAGCUGCAGCCUCCUCUUUAGAUGUCAAUAGAAAGCAAUUAAUUGUGUUAUUCGUAGGCGCCCGCUCUGCUGUUGCUUGAUAUGACCAGAUAGGAAAUGUCCUUAGGGAAACAUCAUUUUGAGCUGAAUUUGUAGUCUUCGGCUCUUUAGAAUAUAAUAAAUAUUUUUUCCCUUUUGUCUGUGACAAAAUGUAUUCAUUCGUUUGCAUGAACUGCAAAAAUGGAAGUUGUAAUUGAAUCAGGAAUAUGUCCACCUGAAUUUCCCCUAUCCUAUUCAGAUUACUGUACUGAAAUUAUCUGUUAUAUAAUAAAGUCCAGUGUCUAAGCUA